AAAUUCGGGCGAUUUUGGUAAUUUGCCCGGAACAAUUCGAUUGAUUGCAGCCUCCCUAAGGUAAAAGAGAAAGGAAGAGACUUGCCACUUGCGAACACCCAAAAAAUUGAAAUGGCAGAGAGUCGUUAUGAUUCGGAUUCGGGAACAUUGCUGGAAACCCUAAGAAGAAGGGGUUGGUGCCUGCAAGAAAAUGAUCAAUUGAAGGCCACCGUCAUGAUUCAACGGGCGCUGGCCCAUGACACUUCAAUGGUCGUCGAUUCCGUCGAGUCGGAGCUCCUUAAUGCCGACCUUAGAUCCAUCGGAGCUAAGUCCUUGCCCGAACCUUCUGUUCUUCGUAGCUCUCCUUCUUCAUAUCUUCAUGGUCCCAAAGUCCUUCAGAUAUCUUCAGUGAGGGACAUUUCUAAGAGCAGUGUGGAUGACGUAACAAGAAAUUCUGGUGGCCGGAGACUUCUUAGGUUGUGUCUCACUGAUGGGCACUUCGAGAUAAUUGGUAUUGAAUAUUCUCACAUCCCGUCUAUACCUGACAAUGUGGCUCCUGGUACUAAGAUCUGUUUGGAAAACAAAGUUGCAGUUCAUAAUGGUAUAGCUUGCUUAAAUCCUAAAGCAUUGACUGUUUUAGGAGGCGUUGUGCAAUCACUCUAUGAAGAGUGGCAGAUGAACCAAAAAUAUUCAGGAUUUUCCCGAUCAUCUCUCAGACAUCUAGAGGAUCGUGACGCAGGUGGACCUCCUCCAUUUGUGAAGCUGCAGGUUGGAUCUUCCUCAGGCUAUGCAGAUUAUAAGUCUAGUAGUAGUAAGCCCACUGCUGUGGUUGCUGAAGCUAAGAUGAAGGCAACUGAUUCACACCGAGGCCAUACUCAGAAAGCAGAUAUCUCCUCCGAUGUAAAUUUAAAACCCAAAUUGCCCUCAGAAAAAGCUGUGGACAAACCUAGUACUUCAGAACCAAGACCCAGAGAAGCUGUGGAACCUGUUCCUGUGCAAAAUCAAGCUGCUGCCCAAAAAUUACUUCAGAAACUAAAUCAACCAAAUCAGGAAAACUGCCGUUUUAAGGGUCGGAAACAUAGAGGGAAAGGGAAAGAAGAAGAUCCGGUUGUAUAUACUCUUGAAGAAUAUGAAACUAGAAAAGCCCAGGCAAAGCCAUUGAAGAAAGACGAGGUGUCGGACGUUAGUCGUGAUGGGCAGCUUGCUAGGCAGCUUCAGAAUCAAUUUAACCUUGAAGAUUGUUCGGUACAAGGGGAUCCCCAUGAAGCUGAGGUGCAAGACAUUAGAAUGAGCAUGUUGUAG